GUUUAUUUUAUGCAAUUCUGCAAAACCGCCUGACAGCGCAAAUGAAAUGCAUGCAAUAUUUCUAAACUAUCAGCAAAUUCUAAACCUAAAUCUAUAAGUCCGGCUGUAUUUGCAUGAAUAGGCCGUGCGCACUUCAGGACUCCCCAAAUCCCCCCCACCUGUGUGCUUGCCUUCUCUGGCUCCCCGCGGUGAGGGGCCACUCUGAUAGGUCCAGAGGGUUAAUGGGACUGGCCUUCAGGGUAGCAGCCUUCCAGCAUAUAAAGCCCCGGCUUUCAUUUCAACAGAACGCAAGGUUUACGAACGAUCAGCAUUGGAUGCGCUUUUACGCAUGGGCCUUUGGGUUUUUACGCACGGCGCACCAUUAAUGUCUCUUUGGCACAGUUGAGUUUUUACGCGUUUUUGAACAUCCUGCGUGUGACUAUGACUCUCUCCGGUGAAUUUGAAGCUUCGCAGCACGCUGCCCUGCCUCUAGACGAGCAUGAGAUUGACAUAGUGGGCGAGGAUGAGCCGACACACGGGCGUUUGUAUCGAAAUGAGUGCUCCUCGGACCACGGCUCCUCGGCAGAAUCCGGCGCUGAGUUUGACUCUUCGGAGCCGGACUCCUCGGGGGAAAGUGAGAACAGCUUCUGCACAGACGCGACGCAAUCCAGGAAAGUCCAGAGCAGCUCGGUGAAGCCCCCCUACUCCUACAUCGCCCUCAUCACCAUGGCCAUCCUGCAGAGCCCCCUGAAGAAGCUGACGCUGAGUGGCAUCUGUGACUUCAUCAGCAACAAGUUUCCCUACUACAGAGACAAGUUCCCCGCCUGGCAGAACUCCAUCAGGCACAACCUCUCCCUCAACGACUGCUUCAUUAAGAUCCCGAGGGAGCCUGGGAACCCGGGCAAAGGUAACUACUGGUCCCUGGACCCUGCCUCCGAGGACAUGUUCGACAACGGCAGCUUCCUCCGGCGGAGGAAGCGCUUCAAGAGAAACCACCCCGAGCUCGCCAAAGAAGGACUUAUGUUUUAUUCCAACUUGAACUGCUACCGGCCGUACGGGCAACCAUACUGCGUCCAGGGCCAGGUGAGCCCCCCGCACGCUGCCCCUAUCCGGUACAUGCCCCUGCAGGAGGGCAUCAUGAUGCCUCCCUCUUCCUAUCACCUCCUGCCACAAACUCUGAGCAGUCACGGGAAGUGCAGUGGGCCUAAAGACUUCAGAGAGCACGCAGAGCCAAAGCCCGGUGCGCAGGCGAAGUGCUCCUUCAGCAUUGACAGCAUCAUGAGCAAACCUUCUCCCGUCACUCCACAGAGCCCAAACCCGCAGCAGAGCCGCCACGGCGCCCUCGGGUACGGCCACCUCAUGUCGGGCCCCGCUGCCUGUCUGGUUCCGACGCUCCUGCAGGGACCCAGGACUCCCUUCUGCCCCGCUGCCCUGCUGAGCACCGCUCCGUUAAUAAACGAGCACCUGAGACUGUCUUACCCUCACUGAAGAAAUUUACAGUGUCAGUAGGUCCGAUGCGAAGACACACGCUGGUGUCGCCCGUUUCUUACAGAAAUGUUUUAAUUGCAUGAUAUUUAUGUGCGUUGAAAUUCAGAGUUCUGUCUUAAAACAAGAAGAGUGUAAAUAAGAUGAGUGGAAUAAUAUAUAUUUGUGGAGGUUUCUGCGGUGGAGACUCGUUGGUUGAUGUGUGUUUGUGUUUUGUUUUUUUAUUAACGUGCUAAAAUAAAUGUCUGAACAAA